CGGCGAAUAUGUUCCACGGCAGGUCGUGUUGAUGUCAGUGAACAAUGCGCUGGCUGCGCAGUCCGGACGCGCCCAACACAACCGGAAAGAGCAGAUGCAGAUGCAGAUACACAGACUGGACUGGGCGGCUAAAACGGUGAUGAGCAAAAUGAGACGACUAUGACUUGCCUUUCCCAGACUGUGACCAUCAGAAUCAUCCAUGUAUUGAAACUAAGGCAAUGUUAUUGGCCCUGAUGGACAGAACAGGUUGUAAUAAUGAAGGUUCUCCCCAUAUAUUCCUGAAAAGCCCACCCAUGAUUCACUCACGCUCAAGAGAGUAAAGAGAUGAAAACUCACAAAUUCUUCAGUAUUCAGUUAUAAAAGACUUCAAAAUAUAGGCUAAAGGAGAGCCUUCAGCCUACACUACUGUACACAGGACUUCCAGAAGACUCCUUUUACCUCCAAAGAUGGUCGAUAAUCGUUACGCCACGGCGCUGGUGAUCGGCUCCGUUUUGAGUCUGUUGGCUAGCGUGUAUCUGUCGGUGGCAGUGAGCACUCAGCACUGGUACCAGUACCGGAGCCUGCCAGCUAGCAACGAUGCCAUGAAUGGCACGGACCUGCAGAAGCUGAGGGAAAAUUUUAAAUCUGAAGAAGUGGAUGAGAAUAAAUACAGCGAAGCCCUGUUCCGCCUCAACGGCACCCUGGGGCUGUGGUGGCGCUGCAUUCUGGUGCCUAAGGAACCACACUGGUUCAAACAGCCUGAAACUAAAAUGAUGACUGACUGUGAGCCCUUCACUUUGCCCCAGCAGUUUGAAACCAAGUACAAGCACCCUGGCAACUCCAGUAAUGAAGAGGAUCUACUCCGCACUUAUCUGUGGAGGUGUCGGUUCUUGUUCCCGCUGGUGUCUCUUGGGCUGGUUUUUCUGGGAGCGCUGAUCGGAGUUUGUGCCUGUCUCUGUCGCAGCAUCACCCCCACCCUGUUUGUCGGGUUACUCCAUCUGCUGGCUGGCCUUUGCUCUCUGGCCACAGUAUGCUGUUUCCUGGCUGGUAUAGACCUGCUGCACAGAGCAUUAGAUUGGCCUGAAGGGAUGGACUAUUCUCUGGGCUGGUCACUCUACCUGGCUCUGGUCUCCUCGCCACUCCAGAUGAUGGCAGCUGCUCUCUUCAUUUGGGCCGCCAGGAGCCACCGCAAAAACUACACUCGCAUGACGGCCUACAGGGUCGCCUAGUCGAUGGUGGACCCCCCCCAUGCAGCCAGCUCUGUGAACCAAAGGGAACAGCUGCAUGGUUUUUCUAGGAGUUAAGUUCUUAAAAAGCACAGCCCACGCUACACCACAGCCUAGGCUAAUGCUUGACCACUAAAUUGAAGGACUGCACCUACUCAAGACCACAGUUAACAGGCUUGUACUAAUCACAUGUUCCUUGUCCAUGUAUUCUCACUUUUGAUCCCAAGUGCUUAAAUCGAGGAGGCUUUCACCUUCAUUUCAUUACUGCCUUGUUUACCACACUGUUAGACCCCACAGACACCAAAUGGACCCAUGGCCAGAAAGUACCGACGUAAUUAUUCUCCAGCAUGUAACGUAGUAUCACCGGAGAUCCACCCAUGCCACUGCCAAUAGAUUUUGUAAGGGAUAUAGAUUUAAUAUGACAAGUGGAUAGUUUUAUUUUUCUGGAUGGCCCAGACUUUUUGUGAUUUUGCUGUGUGAUCAAAUUCAUGGCAGGACCUGUGUUUUUUUUUUUGUUUUUUUGGUUUUUUUUCCCCCUUUUUAUUUGCUUGUGUUGCACCUGUGUAAUUGAAGUAAUGACACACAAGCUAAAUUAUUUUUAUACUUCUUAAUAUCACCUACAUAGGCAGGAGCCUGGAAAAGAGCAAACACAUUGGAAUUGUGGCCAGUUGGAGAUGGUUUAGUACCAGGAACUGGGCCAGAAAUGCCAGAAAAUAGAUUUAGCACGUUUUGAAAAAAAGACAUUCUGUUAAGCAAUCUGUCAGUGAUUUAAAGGGAAAUUUCCUGAGAUUAAAAUAAAUCUGCAUAGUUAAAUCAUUAAGAUGAUAAACAGUCAUGCAAAGUGGCUUGAUGUGAAAUGCUCCAUUGCAGAGUAAAUUACUGCGUCAGGAUUGUGCACAUUCGUGGUGACAGCCUAAGUGUUUAAUGUCUUUAAAAGCUCUGCCUGAUUUUUGUUCCUACUGUGAUCUGCUUGUAACCAUUUUUCUGCCUGAAACAUUUUUUAAAAGUUUGUUCCUGGAGAGGGACAAGCAGGCUGCUAUAAAGCAAACAGACAUAUCUAGCUUCAUCAGUCAUUUAGGAUAUUAUCCACAUCAGCCUGAUAGGCCUGAGGAGUUAUGUCACAUGCAUUGGCAACAGUAAAUCUAUCAAUUAUAGUGUGUAGGACUGGAGUUUUGUAUGUGCCUCAUGUUUUCUGUCAUUGUAUAACAGAUGCAUGAGGCUUCCUCUCUCACUGGGCAAAACAUUGCCCCCAAACCCUCCACCACUACUUUCCUUUUUGUAUCAACCCAAGUCUAGCACCAAAGAAAACAUGUAAAGUGUGUAGUUUCUCUGCUAACAACCAUUUCACAUCAAACCACUGUGAACGACUAUUUGCAACUGAUUGAAUUAUGCUGAAAUUUUCCAAUUUAAGUCAGGUAGCCAGAUGUGAUAUGAAGACUCACCUCAAUUAAUUGCCUAGAUAUCGCAUUUCCUGUGGUAGUGUGCACUGGUAGAUGUUUUUCGAUGUAAGCAGUGUCUAGUUUUGUCCACAUGAAUGCAUCAUGUAGCAUAAGGUUUAUACUAGAUGUGUAAAUAUGCAUGUGUGCUAUAAGGAUUAAAAAAAAAGCCGUAAAUUCUUACCUUUGUUUCUCAAACCAAUAACACAGCAGCUCAGUGUGCAGCAAUAUUAUGAGCAUCGACCACUUAAGCCUUUUUACCUUUUCCUUGUAUGUGUUUUGGAACAUGGUCUUCACUACAUUGUGGUCUUUAAAGCUGUUGUAUUGGUUUCUCGGUUGGAUUGCUGUCAGAUUGGUUUCUUGAUGGCUCAAGAAAUUGUAAUACCACUUAGCAUGGCUGUCGUGUGCGUGUGCAUAUGUGUAUAUUUUAGAGUUUCUUUGGAAUGUUUUGUUUUCAUUUUGCAUGUGCCUCAUUACCGAUGCUGUGCUUGACCUUCUUUGUAAUGUUUGAAUUUUUCUUCCAAGUUUGUCAGAAACAAGCUUCUUUCAGAAAACAGCUAGAAAUGCAUACGUGAAGAACACAAUCAAUACAUGCAAUACAUUAAAACUGGGUUUAAAGAUUACCUCACUCUGCGGUGUACCAGGGCAGAUCACUGUGACAUUUCAACAGUGUCCAAAACACUCAGCAUCUUUCUGCCUUUUAUACAUAUUUUUAUAAGGUCUUCAUUCCAAGUGAUCACAAUAAACAUCUUUUUCUAGUGG